AGUAGGUCAGUAUUAGGUGCCAAUGCUGGAUAAAAGGUCAGGGCCAAAGCAUAGAGCUGGCAAGCGGGCUGUGAUCAGAGCCAGGGAUGUCUGUUUGGCUUUCUUCCUGAUCUUUAGCUCCUCCUCCUUGUUGGCCAGGCAUAGUCCCUACCUUAAAUCAUAGAAAUACCGUCGUCCUGGGGGCUAGUUCACUAUUCAUUUGCAAGGGAGUUUAACAGACCACAGAGCAAGGUCCAGAUCCAAAGACCUUUGCAACCGUGUUGUGUCAAGUUCCUCCCCGGCUCUCUGGGACCCAGCGUUUGCAGUGUCACAUCUGAGCUUAAGCCUGCCACCAUGUUCUUUUGGGGUCUGGUGUUCGGAGCAUUGCUUGCCCUGGUGGCUGUCUAUCUGUUUUUCCCAGGAUUAUUCCGGCAACGGGGACCCCAAGAACCACCUCUGGAUAAGGGUUUCGUGCCGUGGCUGGGCCAUGCCCUGGCCUUCCGGAGGAAUAUGUUUGAGUUUUUGAAACGCAUGCAAGCCAAACACGGGGAUGUGUUUACCUUGCAACUGGGGGGUCAGUAUUUCACCUACAUCAUGGACCCUCUCUCUUUUGGCCAGAUCAUCAAGGAGUCACGGAAGAAGCUGGACUUCGUGGAGUAUGCCCAAGAACUGGUCUUGCAGGUAUUUGGGUACCAGUCCACAAAGGAAGACCACCGGAUGAUCCACUCAGCCAGUGUGAAGUAUCUGAUGGGAGAUGGUUUGGAGGAGCUCAACACCGCCUUGCUAGAGAGUCUGUCUCUGGUGAUGCUGGGGCCCAAAGGCCGGAGUCCCCAGGAUGGAGGCUGGCACGAGGAUGGACUCUUUCAUUUCUGCUACAACAUCAUCUUCAAAGCCGGCUACCUGAGUUUGUUUGGUUCCACGAAGGAUCAAGAACAGGACCUGCUGCAUGCCGAAGAGCUCUUCGUGCAAUUCCGUCGCUUCGAUGUGCUCUUCCCCAGGUUUGUCUAUUCCCUCCUGAGUCCCCGGGAAUGGCUGGAAGUCAAUCGACUCCAACAACACUUCCACCACAACCUCUCGGUGGCAGAGAACAGGGGCAAGGAAGGCGUGAGCGCCUGGUUAAGCCACAUGCUACAGCAUCUUGGAGAACAAGGGAGGGCAUCGGAGAUGCAGGAUCGGUUCAAUUUCAUGAUGCUCUGGGCCUCUCAGGGUAACACGGGCCCCACCUCUUUCUGGGCUCUGCUGUUCCUGCUGAAAAAUCCCACGGCCCUGCGAGCGGUCAGAAAGGAAGCCCUGGAGGUGCUAGGGGAGAGGCGAUUGGAGGAGCACCAGUUCUUCCCUUUCGAGAUCAGUGCUCUGAAGCACACGCCUGUGUUGGAUAGCGUGGUGGAGGAAACCCUGCGGCUGGGGGCCACGCCCACCCUCCUGAGGGUGGUUCAGGAGGACUACGUCCUCCACCUGGCCAGCGGGCACCAGUAUGUCAUCCGUCAGGGGGACAAACUCGCUCUGUUCCCUUACCUCUCGGUGCACAUGGACUCUGACAUCCACCCUGAGCCCACUUGCUUUAAGUACGAUCGCUUCCUCAACCCCGAUGGCAGCCGCAAAGUGGACUUCUAUAAGAAAGGGAAGAAAAUCCACCACUAUUCUAUGCCUUGGGGGUCGGGGACGUCCAUCUGCCCUGGCAGAUUCUUUGCCCUCAGUGAGGUCAAACUCUUCAUCUUGAUUAUGGUGAUCUAUUUUGACCUAGAACUGGUAGAUCCGGACAUAGCGAUACCCCCCCUGGACCCAGGUCGCUGGGGUUUUGGGACAUCCCAACCCACCCAUGAUGUGUCUUUCCGCUAUCGCCUGAAGCCUCUGCAGUGA